AAUUCUGAAACCCUAAUCCUCCUCUAGCCGCUGCAGCAAGGGCUCAACGCACGCAGGAGGAGGAGAUUGAUCGAGAGAAGAGAAGAUGACUACACGCUUCAAGAAGAACAGGAAGAAGAGAGGCCACGUGAGUGCCGGCCAUGGCCGCAUCGGGAAGCACCGGAAGCACCCUGGAGGACGCGGUAAUGCCGGAGGCAUGCACCACCACCGGAUCCUCUUUGACAAGUACCACCCUGGGUUCUUCGGCAAGGUCGGAAUGCGCUAUUUUCACAAGCUCCGCAACAAAUUCUACUCUCCGAUCCUCAACAUCGACAAGCUCUGGUCCCUGGUUCCGCAAGAAGUGAAGGACAAGGCCUCCAAGGAGAACAAGGCGCCGCUGAUCGACGUCACGCAGUUCGGGUACUUUAAGGUUCUCGGAAAGGGUGUUUUGCCGCAGAACCAGCCCGUUGUUGUCAAAGCUAAGCUUAUUUCCAAGAUCGCUGAGAAGAAGAUCAAGGAGGCUGGCGGUGCUGUUGUUCUCACCGCCUGAUUUUAUUGACGGUAUCGCUUUUUCAACGAUUUAGGGUUUUUUUGGUUUUGUUCUGAUACGUUUCGUUUUGGAUGACGUUGUUGUUUAGUCUAUGCUACAUUUCAGGAUUUAAUUUAAGGUUUUAUUUUUUUAA